CGCAGACGCCCCAGGAUUGACGCGGCCGAGGGUGGGCUCAGCGCUGGCGUGAGCAGCCCCUGCUUCACGGGUCCUCGCUUUGCUGACCCUAGACGCGGGCACAGCGCAGGCUGUCCCCCUGGGACUUGGUUUGUGGGGCCGACUGCCAUUUUUAUACUUGAUGAUUUUGGAAUGGCCUUCAUUUUCUGCUUUAAAAAGUGGCCGCCUCCGUUUCCCUAUAGGGGCCCAGGCCACUGAGACGAGGGGCAGACACUGCAGGACCUGCCACUGUAGGUGCCUUCCUGGGACCCUCCUCUCCCUUUCCAAGGAGCAUGGUCACCUAAUGUCCAGGGUGCUGCAGAAGGACGCCGAGCAGGAGUCGCAGAUGAGAGCGGAGAUCCAGGGUAUGAAGCAAGAACUCUCCACCGUCAACAUGAUGGACGAAUUCGCCAGAUAUGCCAGGCUGGAGCGAAAGAUCAACAAGAUGACGGAUAAGCUUAAAACUCACGUGAAAGCUCGGACAGCCCAAUUGGCCAAGAUAAAAUGGGUUAUAAGUGUUGCCUUCUAUGUAUUGCAAGCUGCCCUGAUGGUGUCGCUCAUUUGGAAAUACUACUCUGUCCCUGUGGCCGUGGUACCGAGUAAAUGGAUAACUCCACUAGACCGCCUGGUAGCAUUUCCUACCAGAGUAGCAGGAAAGAAAUUCGCAUCAUUGCCAGUUCGUGUGAUUCUUACUGAAUGAAGGAGGCAGCCUGUGAAUCAGGUCUGAUGAGUUUGAAUCCAGGAGACACAGUCUGAGUUUUUCGUAGCCUAGCACUGCUGAGAAAGAGUUGGAUUCCGGUAAAUUAAAGGUAGCAGAGGCCGGAAAUACGGGCAGAACCGUUGGCAUGCUCUCUGAUGUUGAAUUUCUUGGU